AGGAGUGAAUGACUUCCUAGCAGUUGUUGUUCAUCUCACAAUAGUGCCGCCUCUCAAGCACCUCUAUGUGGGACUGUACCUGUUAGUUAAACUGAGCUCAACUCAGUCCAACUUUCAUUGCUUGACAGAAGUUUCCCUUAAGUGCCGUGUGAAAAUCUCUUGAGAAGCACUUUACAAUUUUAUCAAAACAGUGUUCAUCAAAACCCCCAAACCCUCCUUACAAGGUGACCAGGUGUACAGCAAUUUGGGAUCAAGGAAAGAGUUACAAUGAUGAUCCAGCUUCCCCGGAGACUGCCGCUAUGUUUCAUAGCUGUGGUGGGAAUCGGAUUGUUGGCAUCAUUUGUAGUGUUCAUGGCACUGCAUAUUCAAACGCCAUUGGAAAAACCAACCAGGUUCCACAUAAAGCACUACAGGUUGUAUUACAAUGAAAACAACAUCAACAACAGUUUGAACUAUCAACAGUCUUCUGAAAAUGAACUGAAGACUUCAGUUAAACAUUCAGAUCUUCCAGAUCCAUCAACCUCAAAAUACACACAACCUCACAUUACAAAUCUAAACACAAACCCUUCCAGGACAGUACCAGAAGAUGGGACAGAAAUAUUCAUUACAGUAAAACCCACUGUAGCAGACUUUUUUGGUGACCAGUAUGCUGUGGAUGAUGUUCCUUCACAAACAGACUGUCCAAACAAUAUCAGAAAGCGUGUACCUCAGACCAACUUCUCUGAGAUGUUUCUACAAACAAUUCCAGUCCUGCAGUGGGCAAAGCAUUUUACUCCAGAAGAGUACCAGCGACUGGGACGUUAUUGUAGAUCUUUUGGCUGGGCAAAUGUUUCUGUUGAUGUGUUGAAUAGCUCACUAGGGAUUUUAAACACAUCCGCAAAUCGGUUAAUGUUUGACGACUGGGAGCAAAGGAAAAGCAGAUCGCAGUGCAUCCGCUGUGCCGUGGUGGGAAACGGAGGAAUACUGAAUGGAUCAAAAAAAGGCAAAGAGAUUGAUGAGCAUGAUUAUGUGUUCAGGGUGAAUGGUGCGGUUUUAAAGGGGUUUGAGGAGGAUGUGGGAUCUCGAACAUCUUUUUAUACAUUCUCAACAAACACCAUGCGAAACUCCAUGAAUAAUUAUGGUCGAUUGGGCUUCAGGGGACCACCAGUAUCCGAGGAGACCAGAUACAUUUUUUUGCCAGAUAACACCCGAGACUACAUUCUUAUCAGAGCAGCCGCCACACAUACAGUCAUUGAAGAAGGCCCUGAGAGCAGCACAAUACCACCUAAAUACUUUGGUGAAAAUGUGACUGUGAAAAACUUUAAAAUGUACCACCCGGAUUUUAUCCGUUAUCUUAGUAACAGGUUCUUGCAUUCAAGCCUUUUGAAAAUAGGUGCAAGGAACAUUUACAGACCAACAACAGGAGCGGUGAUGCUCCUGGCUGCUCUUCAUACGUGUGAUGAGGUUGAUGCUUACGGGUAUAUGACUCCAAACUGGACUUUAUUCUCGGACCACUACUAUGACAAAAAGUCAAAGCCUGUCAUUUUUUAUGCCAAUCAUGACAUGCGUAUGGAGAUGAAGUUGUGGAAGCAGUUGCAUGAGGCCGGACUGAUAAAUCUCUUCAUGCGAAACUGAGAACGCUGGUCUUUGUACAAGGUGUUUAUUUAAACUAAGGGUGGCAUUUGGCCACAGGAUAAACUUGUUCUUCUUUUCAAACCUUUAUUUGGGAUUUCUGCUUCAAAAGGUGAAGAUCAGACAUUGUUUAGUUGUUUUAUGGGCACUGCAAACAGAAGCAACUUUGUUGCCGACCUUCUGAAUAAUGGUUCAGACCAAAAGGCUGACUAGUGCAUCAUAGAAAGAGGAGCUGAAAACAAGGUUAGAUAUUGGAAUAACUAACCCACUCAAACAUCUGCUUGUCCACAAACGUUGAGUCAUUGCAGAUGGAGGUGGGGCAGAAUGGAGUCUAUCUGGUCUACAUAAAUGUAAUGCGUUUACGUGUGUUAUCUCAGUAAAAGAUCUAUGCGAAAGACACAGAAUCAACCAAAGAGGUUAUUUUAAAAUGAUUUUUCAUGUUAUAUGAAUGUAAACAUUUUCCCAUUAUGUCCUUGUUGCGUCACGGGUAGAUUUACAUGGUUUUCUGUUUUAAGUAGGACUAUUAAAGCUUUAAAGUGCAAUAUCUUAUAUUUAGUACAUAAGCUAUUUAAUUUGAAAUGUGAAUUGUUUUGAUUUGUUCAAUACUGAUCCCCUAGGGUGACAUUGGAGUAAAAAAAUCUAAAGUUUAGUUCCAUGUGCUCACAUGAAACUUUCCUGUGCUCACACGACCUUCAUGCGCACCCGAAACUAAACUUUAUUUGCUGCAUGUCCCCUUAGGGGCUCCGUAGUUCUGCUCUGUGUGGUUACACUGUAAAACAUUGCACUCUUAAAUUUUUUAAGUAUAAUUAAAUUGGCUUUAUUACUGUAAAAAAUGUAAAAGUCAUUUCAACUUCAUUUUUUUUUUUUGGCUAGUAAAGAGUUAAUAUAACUUAUGUUAAAAUGAUAAAACUUAUGUUUCAGAAGUUAAAAUAACAUAUAAACAUGUGUUAAUAUAACUUAAAAUCACACAUUUUUUUAACAAUUUUGCUUUUUAAUAUAAUUCUUUAAUAUAUACUAGUCAACAUUUAAAGUGGAUCAAAAAAGUUAAUCAAAGUUGUCCUAAGACAAGAACUGGUAUUGAGUAUUGGUUUAAGACCACAUUUAUGAAAUGUUUGAUCCACUUCAAAUGUUGACUAGUGUAGGUUAAGAAAUGUCAACUACCGAGUUACAGCACCUGGUCAAAAUUUGAAACAAUAAGUUGUAAUGACUUAAAAGGUCAGUUUGAUUGAACUUAAAAAUGUAAGGCAACAAAAUAGUUUUUAUACAUACUAUUUCUGCGGCUGUAACUGAAUUCAACACUUUUACCAAAUCAUUUUUAAACUAUUACUUCUGGUUGCUUUAAACAGGUUCAGGGAUUUAACUUUUUUACUUUUAUGAAGGAGUAAAUCAUUUUUGGUAACAGAUACAAAAUCACAAAUGAUCAGACAAUGAAAGAAGAUACUGAACAUGACACUGUGUAUUUAAAGCUGUAUUUAAAAAAACAAUCUUUUGAAGAUGUGUUGUUGAUUAUAAAAUUUGAGUUUUUUUCUUAAUCUGCUGUGGCUUUUUCAGUCGAAGACUUUCUUAAACAUUUUGGGGUGAUUUCCUAGGGCUAUAGACGGUUGCAGGUUUACAAACAUUACAGGGUGCGCGCAUCCAGGAGGCAGAAAGCCCGCUUGGUGAGCUGAUCCGCUACUGCAACAACCUUAAUUAUUGAAACGUUCUUUAUUGUUUGAAGAUUAAAAAUUGAUUUUAGUUGGA